AUGGGAUAUAUCAAUCACUUAAAAAUGGAUUUAUAAAAACAAUUUCAAUAAAAAGGAAGUAUUUUGUUAGAAAAAUAAGUAGAAUGUUUAAAUUUAAAAUUAACAUUAGAAUCAACCAAUUAUUAUUGUAUUAGCGGAUAAAGAAUUAAAGGGAACCAAAGAUUGAUGUGUCCAGAAUGCUUAUUAAAUAAUAGAGGAGUUCUCAACGAUGUUUCUUUUAAAGAUUUUAUAGUUAAAAUUCAAGAUGUAAAAGAAAGAGUUUGCUAUGAAGUAACAAAUUCUGUUGAAAAUUAUUUUGGAUAAUUAGAUGGAUUAAUUAAUGAUUUUAGAUAAAUUAAGAUUGAAACUUUUCAAAUAAUUGAUCAAAUGAUAAACCUAAUCUCGAUGUGGAAGAAAGAAUUGGAUGGUCUAUAAACAAUUUCAAUGCGAUUUAGCCUAAUGGAAGAAAUCAAUAAUGUAAAUCUAUCUAAUUAAUAAUUAAUUUAUUAAGAAAAAAAUUUAUAUGAAGAAAAAAUCCUAGGACUCUGCUGAAUGUUGAAUCAUUAAGAAAAAAUACUUUGUGAAAAUGUAAAGGAGAAUUUAUAAGAGAUUAUAGAAUAAUCAUCAAAUAAAAGAAAUUGGAAUUUUGAAAUUAUAAAAAGAAAUUAAAGACAAGAAUAAUGAAUUGGAUAAAAAAAUAAUAAUAAUUAUUAUUAGAAAAAGCAAAAUAAUAAUCAUUAAUUUUUUAAUAGGUUUUUUUAAUCAUGAAUUUAAUAUUAUUUUUGGAGGACAAUUUAAUAAAUAUAAUUUAUUACUUGUGACAGAAUAUAUUACUAAAAUUGCUGUAUGGAAAUUCGAAAAUGGAAAAUUAAUUGAUUAAAAUAUUAAAUUUAAAUUAGGAUAAAGAGUAGAAUUGACUGUUUUUAGCAAAAAGAACAAUUGGUUUAUGAUAGGAAUGGAAUAAGGAAGUAUUAAAUGUUGCGUUUAGGAAAAAUAAUCUUUUUUCAAUUCUUAUAAUUGGCAAAUUUCUAAAUCAUAUAAAAACACAUAAAAAUGAUUAUAAGUUUGAUUUUAAAUAACAAAGAAGAUCUUUUAAUAUCUAGUAGUGAAGAUAAAACUAUUAAUAUUUUGGGAGUUGAUUAGAUUAAAAAUUCACUAACUUUUAUAUAUUCACUUGAUCCACCUAUUUCUUGGGUUUUUCAAAUAACUUUAAGUUUAAAUGAGACUAAAUUAGUGUCUCGCAGUGAUAAAUUAAUUCUUUGGACCUUAGACAAUAAUAAUAAAUGGGCUCUCUAAAUUUUGCAUGCAAAACAAAUAGAUAUUCAAGGACCUACAACUUUUAUAAAUGAGGAAAUUUUAGUAAUAGGGGAACUCUAAAAAUCAUAAAUAACUUUCUUUAAGAUAGAAAAAGGAUCAUUUUAGGAGUUAUAUAAUAUAGAAAUAGAAAUAAUUCAUAAAUCACAUAUUAAUAUUCACUCAAAAAUAAUUUACAAUAGUGAUAAAUAGGUAAUAAUUAUACAAUUUGGUUAUGAAAUAUUUAUUUUGAAGUAACUCUAAACUGGUAAUUUUAUUUUGAAUAAAAUAUAAAUCUUGAUUUAUGCUUUAAAGUUAUUAUUUCUAACGAUUUCAAAUAUAUGUGUCAUUAAUAGUCACUAUAUGAAAUAAUUUAUAUAUGAUAAAUAUAUAAAAUUUAAUUAAUUCUUUAUAGUAUACUUUUAUUUUAUAGCUUUAUCAAACUUUACAAUAAAAUUAGAUCUUUCAUUUAAAAGUUUAUUAUAAAUAUCUUUAAAUUUUUCAAACUCGAAACAUUCAUUAGUUGAAUACUUGUAGUAGAAAAAAUUAAAAUGA